AUUAAUGUUCAAUAUUAUGGCCGCCAUAGUGGAUUAGAAAGUAAUCGCAAAAUAAUAUAUUUUCAUUAUAUUUUUAAUUUUGCAUCAAUGGAUUGUAAUAUUUUUCCUUGGAAGUUAUAUUUAUGACAAUAUUCUUUUGUUUUUAAGUGUGGAAUACUGAUCACUGCUGACAAUUUGGCAUAUAAAUGAAUUUGAGUUGUGUAAACAAACGACGAUUACGAUCGUUUGUUUUGUUUACGUCGGUUGUUUAGAUUGUUUGGAAGAAAUUUAGUCGCAAAAUUAAGGCCAAAAUUGAUAAUCUUUACUUUAACUGUGGAUACUAUCGAAUGGAUUAACCAUUGUCUACUUUUAUAAUCGGUGAGUAUGUGUGUUAGUGAUAAUCUAAUCUAGAAAUUAUAUGACAAUUCAGUGUAUUGCAACUGGAGCUUGCUGCAAAUUGCAAGCCACAGCUGAAACUUCCUUCAAGCGUUAAAAAACAAAGUCACUGUCACUCCAGGCUUUUGCUUGCCUAUUUAAAUGUGUCAUUUGUGUAAACUGUAAAGUAAGAGAGUUUUCGAUUGAAAAAACUGCCAUACAGUUUUAUUUUGUAUAAAUUAAUUUAUCAGCAUGAGUAAAUAAGUAUAGCCUUAUCAAGAAUUGCUGUUUUUAGGGAAAUGGCUUAGCUUAGCAGACACACUUCUGUUUCAGUCACAGGCAUAUAAAGCAUAGUAUUAUAGGAAUAAGAAAAAAAUUAGAUGUCCUAGGCCCAGGCUUAACUGACAGGACACAUAUGCUCGCAGACGAUAUGGUUAUAUUGAGUAUGGCAUGGCCAUGGGCGGUAAAUGUGCAGUUAAAGUUAAAGGCAUGGGUUUUGCCAAGAGUUGUCUCACCCGAAUCGCAGUUGCAUCACUUUAGGGAAUCCCAACACUGGACUUAGGGUGACUGCUAUUAUUUGAUUGCUUAAAAACGAAGUAACCCUAUGCUAUUCAUUUCUAUAAUUAUAAUGUUGAAAUUUACGGGACAUUUCACAUUUCUAGGGCCGGCAGACCCCUUCACAGAACCCCUACCCCCCUCUUUCAACUUUCAAGACAAAAGUUAAAAGAUGAGAAUAGAAAGAUCAAGUAAAUACUUAAAUACAGGGCUAAGUUUCAAAAUCUUUUGAAAAAUUAACUAUGGUUGAUAGUUGACCCGGGGAACUUCCAUAAAAGCUAUACAGUGGAUGUGGACGUGGAAGACAUCGACAGCCCUGCCAUUAACUGCAUUUUAGACCAUGGUCAUGUUCUACCUAUCUGGGUUCAUGAUUCUUGAAGUGGUCAGCUAAAAUGACAACCUUGCUAUGUUUGGCUAUUGUUUGCAGGUGCCACAGAUUUGCUGUUAUUGUUUUUGUAGGCUAUUGCUUAUUGCACUUUUUGUGAAUUAAAUUGGGCCUAAUGAUUAAUCAAUUAUUAAUGAUUGCAUUGUACGUAUGGCCUAUUGUUAUUCAGACUGAAAAAAAUCAGUUCAAGACUUUUCAACACUUUACUUCUGAACAAUUGACAGCCAUAGUAUUUUGUGAAUCUUCCAUUUUAUAUUAGUUAUUAGGUUGUUGGUGUUAUUUUGCUAUAAUAUUUGUACAGCUGCACUUAAAUGAUGUCGCUCAGUGGGGCAGCAGGGUCACUUAUUUGUGAUUAUGUCAAGGUGUCUUAAAUUGUGAUGAUUGGAUGAAGGGUGGUCCAUUUAUGAAUAGCCCCUUAUUUUUAUACAGUAACAAAGUCGUAAAAUUUCAGCCUUGGCCUUACAUUGUUAAUGAGACAUCAGACAUGCAAAGUUCUAAACUUUGGGGCCUAAAAUGACUGAACACUAAAACAAUUAGCCCUGGUCAUAAAAAAUGUAAAUUCUCAUUAUUAUCUUUGUUUAUGUAGCUAAAUCUGCCUCCUCCAAACUAGUGGGAGCGUAGGUCUCUCACAUUAAUGAAAGGGAGAUUACGGUACUAUCAUUAUUCUCAUAUUAAGUUACAGCUACAUCAGACUUUUACAAAAUGCAACCUCAAAAAAAUAGGUCAUCCAGCUACUUAUGUUCCACAAACUUUUGUUAAACCCACAUUUGUAAAUUUUGCAGCAGAGAUCCUGAUUUUUACACAAAAGCCUUCAAUUAGAGUUUAGAUUUUUUUUUUUAAUGGAUUGGUCUAAGCAAGGGUUUGGCAACCCCUUUAUGGUUAGGAGACAUUGUUAUUAAUUAUAACUGCUAACAAAAUAUUUUGGGAAUAGGAGGCACAGAAACAUUCAUUAACUGUUUUUAUAAAUCAGGAAAAAAAAGAAAGCUGUAUCAUACUCUGUCAUUUGCUUGUCUGCUGGUUGUUGACCACUGGUUUAGUAUGUUAGGAAAUUACUGAAAUUUAUUAUGGACUGACUAUUCUUAUAUAUUUUAUUAAUAAUUAUCUAUGGAUUUUCUUAAAUUAAGGCCCGUGGUAAAUAAUUAUUUCCACAUUAUGACCUCACAACACAAUAAAUUACAAUUAAUCUAAAUUUAUUUAUAAGUUUAUUGAAGAUCAACUACUUAAGCUCAAAUCACCAUUAGAGUAAAUAUACUUAAAUUUAAAAUUAAAAAAUUGGGUAACGACAGAUUGUGAGAUGAAGUCCUGUUAAGUUGAUAUUGAAAAACAACCUAGACUUAUUUCAAAGUUGCUGUGAUGUACAAUGAGAGAACACAAGGAAACAUUUUCCAUUCAUUGAACCUAUCUUAAACCAUACAGCACUAUAAUUCAAAUUAAGAUAUUUUGUUUAAAUUUCAGAAGUGUGUAUUCUGCAAUGCUGAAAAACAUUUAUUUUAAAAUAGUGGAUGCAGCCAUUCCACAACCAAUGGUGGUACCCUCGCGAUGAGUGUCAUUUUGCGAGUUGGUGCUGUUAAGUCCAGUGGAGGCCAAGAGUUACACUAUGGUAGUGGAGAUGAAGCCUCAUCAUCUUAUACUGAGUAAAUACACAUGGUUUUAAAUAAAAUUCUUAAAACAAAUAAAAUUUAUAUAUAUCUAUAUAUAUAUAUAGUAAAAUUAAGACAAGACUAUUACUUAGUAGAAGAAUUGCUUCAUUUGAUGCCUAUUAUAUGGUUUACAUAUUAUAUUGUAUCAUAUUCUUAAUAUGGAACAAGCUUCUUAUCUAUGUAGAAAUAUGUUGAAUUUGUAUAUCGGCAUUGUUUCAAGUGUUUUGACAAAAGUCUUGACACUUUAAUUGGUAUUUUACCUAAAAUGUGUAACUGUAGGAAUGAUGUUUAAAAUAGACCAAUGACCAAUGCAUUGAUUUAUCUUCUACAUAGUGCUGAUGUGCUUGAUAUUCCACUGCCUGAACACACUUACCAGAGACCUCUUCCUCCUUCCAGCACUCAGUCUCUCAAUAGCUGUGGCUAUUUUGGACUGCCCUAUCAGGUAUUGUUUAUACAAUAUAUAUUUUGUAAAAUUUGUUUUGUAAUUCUUAUCAAUAUACUGAACCAAUUUAUUAUAUAUGUAAUUAUAGAAGAAGGGCUCUUACUUCCACAUGAAAAAAAAUUAUAAUAAGUGCAUUCAUACAACAUAUUUGUUUGAUCAUAAUAAAUUACAAGUUUUUACCACUCUCAGUAUGUAAUUACUAUUGUUGCUUCUGGGACUUGUGAAAGAAAGAAGACUUAACAUUGAAAUGAUAUUAUGGCAGUCAGAUCCUGUUCCAGGCGCAUAGAAAGAUUAAGAGAUUUUAGUCUUGUUACAGUUCCGGUGGUUUGGGAAAUCAUAGUUUAUUUAGCUCUUAGCAACAAAAGAGUUGCUGAUUACUGCAUCACUUUGUGCACAUGUCACAAUUCUAAGCCAGACAAAUCAAGAAAUUAAUAUAUAAAUAUUGGAUUAUACUUUUGCUAAUUUUGUAUGUAAAAGAAAUUGGAUCCUCUUCCAUCAUAUAUUUAUUUUUGUGAAGGAAACAAUCUUUCUCAUUGGAUUUAAAUAGUAAAAUAAAUCAAUCCAGGCUAGGUUUAAAAAGAGGAUUUAAUAUUCAAUUUAUCUUUUUUGAUUAAUAAAUGGUCUUUUUCCUUCCUUAUAAAGAAUGAAACUGAAUUUUUUCAGGAUCAUAAUUAUGGAAUGCCUCCACCCCCAUCACCACCAAGGCCAGCCUCACCUAGGCCUCCCUCACCCUUGCAAGUUAAUGGAGUGGUGCAAAUGGAAGAAGAGGUUAAAACAACUCCACUUGUGUCUGUAGCAGAGGAAGUUGUUGAAGACAGUGUUACAAGGUGUAUCUGUGGCUAUCUUCAUGACGAUGGGUAUAUGAUUUGUUGUGAUAAAUGCAGGUAUGACAUUUUUGUGAGAAGAGUCUCAUUCUUUUCAUUAUAAAAAAAGUAAAUUAAUAAUGUACCUUGAAUAAUGCAACAUUUUGCUUGCUAUAUGCAGGGUUAAUGCUACUUUGAAGGGAAUUGCAGACCUGCCAACCCUUCUGAUUUUGUCGUAAUUAUAUGGAUUUUUUACCCCUCAUUCCGACAAACCCCUUAAAAUUCCAAUUUUUCGAACUUUAUAAUUUUUCACCCUUCAUAAAAAUCCGAAAGCGACCAAAAAAAAAAAAAAUCGGGUACGACAGGAAGUGUUGCAUUUGUUUUUAUGAAGUGUCUACAUGUCCAGCGACCGGACGAAUAAGUGAAUAAAUUCUCGAGAUAUUCGUCCGGCUAGUGUUUAUUCGACUAAGUCCCAUGACCACUGUAACAGAGUUGCUCGAGAUAUUUGUAUGUCAACCUUGUCAUGUGUCCGCUAAUUGUCGAUCAGAGUUUAUGUAUGGUACUUCAUUUCAACAAAUUCAAGAUAGUCUGGGCAAUUACACAAAAAAGGAAUAUGUUCACUUAUAAAAAGGAAUACUAGAACUAUAUAUAAUGAACAGUUGGUUAAAAGGUGACAUUUUUUUUUACAAAGCGUGACAUGCCCGCCGGAUGAAUAUCUCCCGCACUAUUUCUCCGGUCGCCUGGCGCGCCAAAAAAUAAUUCAGACUUUUUGUUUUGUUUUUGUUAAAUCUUUUCUUAAUUAAAUGGUUAAAUCUACUCAAAGUGAUGGGUACAAUGAUAUUAAUAAACAUUGAAGGAAAUAUUUCUCUAUCCCUAGCCAACUCUGAUAGUUUUAAUUUUAAUGCCAGAGUCAAAGGAAGAAAUGUUUCCAGACUUACAGAAUGCUAGAAGAUUGUAAAGAAAAAUUACAAUGAAACAAGGGCAAGCAUGAAAGCUUAUAUUUUUCUAACUUGCUUGUAACUAAAAUCAACUGCAAUGUUAACCUUCAGUUGGUCCAAAGAGCUGUUGGACGGGUGCAAAAAGGACACUAUCUCAAGGGAUAUGCUGGAAUACUGAACUCUUACUAAGAGUCUUAGCAGCCUGUGUGUGUGUACUUAUGUAAAUAAAAUGGAUCUUCUGUUCUGUACUGUAUACAUCCGUAUAUAAACAUUUCCAGUAAUGUUUACCUCACUUUCUUUGGUGUUCUGUGGACCCAUUAAUGUUUACCUCAUGUUCUUUGGUGUUCUAUGAACCCUUCAAAUACAAUGGAGGUAACUUUGUGCAUGCAUGUGCGUGUGCAUUAGAUCUUAAACCCCCCCCCCCCCCACGCAUGCCUCCCCUGGGAGGCAGUGCCCCACUUCCACCCUGCGUGCAACCCCCCUACAGAUUAAAUAUUUAAGUUUAAGAUGUUCAUAGCUACAUUUAUUUUUUCAGUCAUGUGCAGGGUUUCUUUCAGGCAUCUCUCCGAGAGGGGGCGGGGGGGGAGGGGGGGGGGUUGUCAAAUAAAAACAACUAAAUUGUCAAUUUAAAACAGUUUUAAAAAGAAUACAAUCUGGCGCCUUUAACCAAUUACGAUUAGUUGAAUCUAUUAAAUAUUAUUAUGCUCGAUAUAUUUGAUAAUCUGUAUAUUUAAGUCUAAUCUUCUUCGCACUUAUCAGUGUUUUUAUUCAUUAAUUUUUUUCCAAAUUCACACAUUUAAAUACUAAUAACAGUGUAUUAAAAUACCUUUACAUCAAUAUCAAGGACUACAAUUCUAAUAAUACUUCUUGCCAAGUAUCAAACAUACGCAAUCUAUUUUCAAAUUAUAUUUCAUUAUAAAACCAUUACUUUUAAAGUAGAGAUGGUGUUAAUUAUAAAUUGUAUGAUGAUAUUAGGCUUUAAAAAUUAUUUUUAUUAGCAUGUAUUCAAUUCCAUGAAUGCUGAGUUAUAUAAAAAAUGGAAACUUAAAAAAUUUAAAGAUAAUUUUUUAAAUUAAGAAUUUAAUGGAUGCAUCCAAAUAGUUCGCAUUUCAUCAAUUAUUAUAUCGAAAGCAUUUUUAUUUUCUUUAAAUGCGCUAAGUUUGUAAUAAAGAUUCCCAAAUAACAGAGUUUAGACAAAAAUAACUAGUCUAUGUUUAUUAAAAUCCCAACUGCUUUUGUCUUUUUAAGAUUCGAAUAAUAAACAAAAUGCCCCAUCUGUUGGCAAGGAUUUUAAAAAAUAAAUACAUUUUUUUUUGCAAGAUGAGAAUCUAUUAGAAAGCAUAAGAAAAGAAGAUGAACUAGCAUUUCGAUUAUCAUUCAAUUCCAUUUUUUGGUGGUACUUGUUUUAGAAUAAAUUCUUAUUCUAAUUUGUCAAUUUAAAAUAAAACCCUGAUAUCUCGAACACAAAAGCUGCCAAAUUUGCCACUUCAUCUCAGUUAUCUUGAUCCCAAUGACCAACCGCUAGCUUUUGAAAAUUAUAUAAAACAGAAAUGUGCCUACUUCAAACUGUAGUAUUUGACAUGAAAUAAUUUUUUUUAAAACCCAGAAUCCGUAUUUGAAUAAACUGAACUGGCAAAUACGGGGUGAGAGAAAAUAAAAACUUGCGAAUCCGGAGCUGAAAAAUAUUUAGCCUCACAAAUCCAGAAUUCCGAGAUAUUAAGGAAAAGUGCCACCCACACAUACCUUGUGUUGUUAUCAAACAUGUAUGUACAUUUUUAUAGCAUGCCGAUCGUUCAUCAAACAAAUCGUAGUAACGCUGUUGUGUAAAAAUAAUAAUCCAAAUCACAUGCAUGUACAUUCUCAUUUAUAAAUGAACAUCGUGUACCGGUACAUAAAGAAAUUUCAAGCACAUGUGAAUAUAUUGCUGCCAUAUUGAUUUUCGGUUAUCUCGAUCAUCGGUUAUCUCAAGUCUUUUUGGCAAACCCAGAGGCGUCGACAUAACCGGGUUUGACUGUACUUUCUAAGCCCAUUUUGGUGCCCCCUCUAGUCUGGCGCUCCAGGACGUAUGUCAAAUCUGACACCCUUUAGCCAUGCCCCUGGCACUGCCCCCCCAACAAAUCUGACCCCCCCCCCCCCCACGCAUGCCUCCCCUGGGAGGCAGUGCCCCACUUCCACCCUGCGUGCAACCCCCCUACAGAUUUUUUUUUCUUGGCAGGUCUGGAAUUGAAAGCGUUAAUUUUUUUUUUGUUGCCUAAAUUAAACUUACAUGUCGUAAAUAAUUAAUUUUCAAUUAUUUUCCAUUAUUGUGAAUUGAAAUAAUCUUACAGUUUUUUGUUGUUUUUUUCUGGCUGUAGUGUAUGGCAGCAUAUAGACUGCAUGGGUGUCGACAGAAAUAAUAUCCCAGACAGCUAUUUUUGUGAAUUGUGUCAACCAAGAAUUUUAGAUGCCAUAAAAGCUAAAGCUCUCCAAAAAAGAAAAAGAGAAGAAUUAGCAGGUAAAUGUGAGAAUGUGGAGUUUAUUUAAAUUUUUUGUCUCAUUAUUUAAGUUGGAUAUCAGUGUUGUGUGCAAUGUAUAUUUGUUCAUGUACCUGUCUUUCUAAUGACUAACACUAUUAAACAGUAUUUUUGCACAUUUGAGGACCCUGAUAAAAAUGGAUUUCCUGUAUCUUACUAAUUGUUCCUUCUAACCACACAAAUAACUUUUUUGUCUUGUUUUUGUUGCAGCUCGCAAUGUAUUGUCAGAUUCUAGUGCAACUGACACUGAUCCAGAAGAAGCUGCCAAUGCAAUGGCAUCAAUGGGAAGAAAGCUACCUAUUGGCAAGAAAAAAGGUUUAAAACACAAACGCAACACCAAGGUCAAAGAUAAGCCAUCAAUAAAGCUUAAAAUUGGCAAGGCACUUGCACAAAAAAAUGUGAAAAAGCCAGGAAAGAAGGAGAAAGAGAAUAUUAAAGGACCAAAACCAAAAAAGGUAUUUAAUAAUAUUUAGAUUACUAAGUAUUUAUCUCUUAAAUUUUUUUUUCUCUAGUUAUUUUUAUACCUAAUUUUAUUUUGUUUCUUCUAUUAGAUGUUCAAGCAAAAUCAGCAGAAGCUAAAAUUAGUUAAAAUGAAGAAUAGACCUUUGUUAACAUUGGAACAACUUAAUGCAGACCCAUGGAACAGUAAUUUAAGGUAAUUGUGAUGUGACAUUGAAUAUCACUGGCAAAAUUUAAAGCUUUUAUACUUUAAAUAGCUUGAAUCAUAGAUUUGAUACUGACAUACGGUAAGUGAAUACAGUAAUAUCGAAAUGAAAAUAUUUAAAACAAUUAAACAUUUUAAGUAGAAUACUUAAGACCUUUUAAAAUAUCUAACUACUUCUCACUAUUUCAGUCCAUGGAUUGAUUCAUAUGAACAUGCACAUGAAAAUCAGUACAGUCAAGCUGUCAAAGAAUUUUCAUGUAAUUCACAUUUAAUUGGUCAAUCUGUAAGUACAAUAAUGACUAUUUCUAACUUACCUAGAUAAGAUUUUUGUAUUUUUGAUUGUGUACUUUUUAUAUGCAUAAGGUGAAGAAACAAUCGUGGACUUCAAUUUAAUUUUAUAAUUACACUUUUUUAUGUUUUGAUUAAAAUUUUUCAUAAAGCAACAGUUUGUAUUAUUUAACAUUUAUUCGACCAUUGUUUUAAUUGAAUUGUUAUUGCUAAAUUUUUUUUUCACUUUAGGUGGACAUUUCAUCUAUAAUGCCUGACCAUAUGUUAUCACAGCUUACAUGUGUUGCCAUUUCUGAUGUCAAGAAAAACAGAAAGGUAUAUUUUAUCUUUAUUCUAAAGCACCAACAAUCCAAACAUAUAUUUAUUUAUCCGUGUAAGUUAUCUGUGUUAUAACUUGAGUCUAGUUUAAUCCAAACUUUUUUAAAACUGUUUAGUCAAGCCUUUUAGAAUACUUAAAAACCCUCUUCAGCAAACAUAAAGCUUCCCUCUACCAUAGAAUGUACACUUUAUGCCUUUUUUAUCUGGAGGUUUUAAACUGAUUAAUGUGAAAAAUACAAAUUCUGUUAAUUGCCUGAUUUUUAAUGGUUUUAAUCUGCUUUAUAGGGGUUGAAGGCUACACAAGAGAUCCCUGCUGGUCAGGUGAUUAUUGAGUACAAGGGCAAGGUGAUGCUGCGGCAUGAUUAUGAUAGAGAGUAUUCCUUUGUAAAUUCUUUUAAAAAGUGAGUGUCUUUACAGUAUUUAUUUUUUUUAAACACUUUAAUCAGGUAUUAUUAAUGAUUAGUAAAAAAAAAAUAUGGUUUGAUUUUUACGUGAUUUUAAUUUAUGCAAAGAAGGCUACCUUUUUUUAUUAAUUACAUUAUUUAUAUAUUUCAGAUUGCAACCCUUUGUACUUUUUUAUUCAAAAUUGGAUGUUGACCUCUGUGUUGAUGCAAGGACUUUUGGAAAUGAGGCACGUUUUAUCAGAAGAUCAUGCACACCCAAUUCAGAAGUAUGUCCCACAGUUCAUAUUUUCUGGCUUUCAAAUCAUUAAAAACAAGCUUGAUAAGAUUAAAAUGCAGAUGCUAUUUAAUCAAAAACAUGAGAAAUCCUAAGUGUAAAAACCUGUGUAUGUUUCUGCCAUACAUAACCAUGAAAAAAUUGGGUCAUUUAACUAACAUUUUCUUUUUUCUAAUUUUCUUUUUAGGUUAAACAUAUAUUUACCCAAGGAAAGGUCUAUUUUGUAGUUGUCUCACAAAAAGAUAUAAAUGUUGGUUCUGAAAUCACGAUUCCCUUUGACUACAAUUUCCAAGAAUGGUAAGGUUCUCUCUGUUGGAUUAUCAUUUAUUACUUACCUUAAAUAAAAUGAUAAUUAAUAUAAAACUGAUUGUUAGCUCAAAAAUUCAAAUAACAAAAAAUAAUUCUUUUAUCCUCCAGUUCUUACUGUGUAGAAUGUGCCUGCAUUAAAAAUAAUUGUGUUGUUUCAAGAUUUUGGAAAAAAGUUAAAAAUGCUCAAAGGUAAGUAAUGAAAUAAAAUAAUUUCUUGAAGAAAAGACGUUUGAAAACUACUAUCCAUGCCCUUAAUUUAAAAUGAGGUUCUGUAGUCAAUCUCGGUUUGGUGGGCUAAAUUAAAUCUCCCCAAUGAUUCUCAUUUCUUUUUCAUCCACACACAAACCAUGCAAAUGUUUUUCCUCUUUGUUAAAUACAAGUAAUUGAACAGCAACUAAAUUAGGAUGAAACUGAUAUGAUUGUUUAUUUAGCUUCCUGUAUUUUUUAAAUGUUAAAACUUGAUUUUGUAUAUGAAAUUAAUUUCACGAUUACUGUACAAUUUUCCUAACAUAUAUUAUAUAUUUCAUUUAUGAUGCAUUAUACUGGUAAUUAAUAUUUUUAUCUCCAAGAAAUAUUGUCUCAUGUAUUCCUGAUGCUUGAAAUAAGCAAAUUAUCUUUUGUCCUUGACAAGGAUAGAAAUGAAUGAAAUUAUGAAUUUACACAAACAGUUUUUCUCUUUUAGGUCCUCAUCUAAAGAAUUUACAGUAAAGCGUAAAAAACUGUUAUCUGGUGAAGUGGAUGCAAAUGCCUUAUAUGAUGCCCCUAAUUCCAGCUCAUCCCAAGCUAGUCCAAGUAGAGUCUUGUCUUCACCAGUUAAAGCAUUGCAAAUGAAACUAGCAGCAGCUGUAAGCCCACCUCCAAGACUAAGUAGCCCGAUUAAAUUGUCUAAUGUGUCUACACUGUUGGCUGCUUCUGCAUUGUUAGAUGAACAACCUGAUAUUGCAUGCAGUCUUAAACUAGAAGUACCAGAUUCAUUACAUGUAAGUUGUUGCAAAAUUGAAUUGCUUUUUUUUUUCUUCUUCUCAUAAUUAGACACUUAAAUUAAUUAAAGCUGAAUGUUUCUAUAUUUACUACAAUGGAAAUAAAAGCUUUUUAAUUUCUAAAAAUGACUUUUUAAUUGUGUGAGGUUUUUUGUGUGUGUGCGCGCAUCAAAACCUUUAAAAAAAUUUGUUGUAAUGUUCAAAUUUAUUGUACAGCAAGCACCACCACCACCUGCGCCACCUCCUCCUAUUCCAAAAUCUGCAACCUCAUCUAGACGAGCUAGUCGAGUAUCUGAAGAAAUAGUUAAAGAAGAAAAAGUAGAGGCAGUGGUACACACUCACACAAAAGAGAAACAUUUAAAGGUUAAAGAGGUAUGUGGGGUAUUUUGGUAAUAAUUCUUACAUGUAAUGCAGAAGAUCUGUAGUUAUUUUAAGCAAAUAAAUGGCUAAUUAGAAAGUUAUCUAUGCUUUUUAAUUAAUAACAUUUAUGGUAGGCACUUGAUUUUUUUCUCUCCAGCCCAAGAUAAAGGAUAAAGACAAAGAGAGCAAAGACCAUUAUCACCACCACCCUGAAAUUAAAAAAGAAAGACGUCCGUCUUCUCGGCGGCAGAGUCAGGAUGAAUUAGAAGAUAUUGCUGAUCACAAGGGUGAAGCUUCAACAGCACCACCAGGAAACGAAUCAGAGGAUUCAAAUACUGGAUAUGAGUGCCCAAGAAAAAUGGUGAGGGCCAAGCCAUAUAUGAUACAUGAAAGUAGUGUGUUGACCAUUAUUUUUACAACUAUAAUAGUGUUAUGCCCAAAUAAUGUUAAUUUAUACCUUAUUCUUAUUUUGAAAAGACCAGAGAAGAAAGAAAGCUAGAUGCCAUAAUGAAAGCCUUUGAGAAAAUGGAAAAAAGGGAAGAGAGACGGAAAGAGGCUUUAGCAAGAGUAGACACAGUCACUAAAAAGUGUUCAGACAUAAAGCCAAAAAAGGUAAGUGUAUUGAAGUAACUUGUUGCAGUGAACAUUUUCUAAAUAAAUUAUUGUGAAUAUAUUUAAAUGUUGACAAAAAUUGUUUCAAGCUUUAUUUCAGCUCUGUUUUUUUCCCUCAGGAAAAUGAUGGUAAUGGUAGCAAUGGAAGUAAUGUCCACUCUCGUUCUGCAUCUCAAGAUGCUCCAGUGGAUGUGGAUGUUAAAGUUGAAACAUCUGUUGAUGAUCAUCAUGAGAUAAAAUCUCCAGAAAUUAGUACGGAGACAAAGCCUGAAAGUCCGGCGGUUGGUACUCCACCUGUCAGUGGUGGCAAUACAAUGAGCUACUUUUCAUCUGUAACCUCUGUAGCUUUACCAGAGAUUCAUAAAGCUGUUAAAGAAGAACUCACACAUAAGCCCAUGAGAAAAACUGGGAAGAGGAAAAGAAGGUUGGUUUUUUCCUAUGUCAGUCACAUAGUGAAUUUUGCAGUGCAUAAUUAAACCUUCCAACUCAAAUUAUAGAUUUCCUACUCUGAUGAUGGUCACAAAUAUUUUGACAAAAAUAUUUUUAAAAUGCCGUCAUAAAAUCAAAUGUAUAUUACAUAUAAGAUUGAGCCAUGUAUAAUAACACUUGGAUUCUUAAAAACAGUGAUAGUGAUUUUGUUUUAUUUUACAGAAAUCAAAUCUAUUUAAUAUUCUCAGAUUCUUAAAAACAAUGAUUGUGAUUUUCAAUUAUUUUUUUGAAUUUGAAUCAAUUUAAAUAUGAAAAAAUGUAUGUUCCUUUUAUCAAGAAGUAAGAUUUUUAAUAUUAUUAUUAUUAUUAUAAAGUAUAACUAAAUUUAAUAUAGUGUAACAAUUAUUUUCUCUGUAGUAGAGGGACAUGAAAAAAAGUUUAUGUGGGCCUAUAUUAUGUUGAGGGCAUACAUUUCUCAAAACCAAAUUGUUUUAAAAAAAGGAUCAAGGGUGUUGGAAAUUUUUUUUUAAGCAUAUAAAAUCUCAAAACCCUACACAGCUACAUACGUAAAAUUACUAGAUUUUGAAACUUCGCAGUAGAAAGAAGCGCAAUAUGCCUUCCAUUUUUAUCCCGGUAAAACCGGAUCAUAUCUCCUACUUCAUUAUUUUCCAUAAUGUAUGGAGAUUUGUAGGAGUAAGGGCAUAGGCUCCUUUCCUGGUAUUUUAGCUUCUUUUUUUUAUUUUUAAAAUUACAGAAGAAGUAGAAUACAGAGUACAGCUGCCACAUCAGAUGCUGCAUCUGUUUCAACUGAUGAAGGAAAUAGUAACAGCAGCUUCCCCCUUGCCUUGAUGCCAGUGCCUCCUACCCCUGCUUCAGCACCUGUAAACACAACUUUACCAUCUUUGGAUAAUGAAGGGGGAGUUUUCAAGUUCAUAAAGACCAAGAAGGUUAAUGAUAAUUUCAAAAUUCCCCUAUAAAGUUAAUUAAAUACUGUGCAUUGGAAUAAAUGAAAUCUUAAUUUUGCCAUAAAUAAAAUUUUAAACAUCGAUUUAUAGCUAAUCUUAUGUUUGUGAUUGUCUUUGUUUAUUACCGUAAUAACAAUAAACUAUUCUUCAUUAGCACUUAUUUGAUGAGUGGUCUAAUAAGCAAGAAGAUGAGAGCAACAAACAUGAAGAAGAGAUGUUUGUCCAAUGUUUACCCAAUCCCCAUGUUAACACAAUGGACCACCUUCAAAGGAGAAACUCAAGUAGUGCUGGCUGUAACAGUAAAGGUUCUGAGACUAGCGCUGGAUCUGCCAAAAAGGUAUACUUGAAUAUUUGUACCAGGAAAACAAAACAUUUUUAUUUAGUUAGCUCAGAAGAUUAAAUAUCUUUUUAAAAUAUAUUGUAAUUUUGUUUCUACUUACUUAAAAACUUAUGUAGGAUACUUUCAGCUUUAAGACAUGACUUUUCAAUUCAGUGUUUCAAGAAAGUAAUACAAUCAAAUCUGUAUGGAAAAAGUUGGUCUCCAUUAAUUCUUACUUGUAUUAAAUUUACAAUACCAACCUUACAGCUUUGCAUAAAACUGAUAAAUGAACAUUUAUCUCUUGAUACCAGCCAAUAUUUUCAUUUGUACCUGAAUAACUCACUAAGAUAUACAUAAAUCUCACAUAUUCUCUAUAUAUUUUCAAUUUACCUUUUUUAAGGCAAGGAAAUAAUUUUAAAAAAAUUGUUCUAAUCAUUUACAAGUAAAAUUGCAGUAACUCUAUUUUUAUUGAACUUUCUGGGUUGUUUUGUGCCAAAUGUUUGUACAUUUACAUAACUUAAAUUUUAUCCCAUAAACUUUAAAAUGGUUUAAAUCUGUUCUAUGCAAUGGAAUAUUGUGUUGGAUUUAUACAUACACUUAAAGUCUGAUUGUCAUGUUUAUGUCUGGAGAUAUGUUAAACCGUAAUUGUAUUUCAGCGGUGGUUACGACAAGCUAUGCAUGAGGUUCCAGCUCCAAUAGCAUUUCAUCAUAGUUUGUCAGUUAGCACAGAUAGCGGUGGAGCUUCUCCUAUUCAUGGAGGUUCAAGUCCUAACCCUGGAACCGCCUUAGGAAGCCCUGGAGCAGCAUCACCACUUGGUGAGCAUUGGAACUCAAUAAAUUAGUCAUACUAAAAAAAUUGAGGUGUCCAUUUAUCAUGUUACAAGAUAAUUGAGAAUAAUUUUUUUUGUGUCUUAAUAUCUGUAUUCUUUCUUUCAUUACAAUUCUUAAAUUGAAAAUAAUAAAAACAACAUGACUCCUUUUAUUACUUUUAUACGCAGAUUUUGUGACACCCCUCAAAAAGCGACGAUUAAUGAGAGAGUCGUUAUCUAUUGAAAGCAAUGGACCCAUGCCGUCUCCAGGAGCAGGGGUCCUUGCAGAGAACUUCACCUCAAAUAAUAUUGGUAUAACAUCAAAGACAAAUGGAGUGAAGCAGAUUUUCCCUACCCAUCGUCACAGUGUAGAUGAUGUAAGAAGCCCACUUAUCUCAGAAAACCAAUGUAGCAAUAUAAAUAGAGAUUUUAAUCAUUGGCAUUGAGGGAGGGACAUAUUGAAAGUUGUAAAUAGAAUGUAUAAAUGUGCCACAUACUGUUUUUUAUGGAUAUUGCUUUUGACUAUGAUUGUAAAGUGUGUGAUGUGAAGAAAGUCAGAUGGGUGCUAAGUCAGUUUGGGUGCUUGCUGCUUAUCACAGUCAUUUUGGGUGCUUGCUGUUUAUCACAGAUCUAAUAGUAUAAAUAAAGUUUAUUUAUAAAAUGAAAUGAACUUAAACUUAUAGCUUAUUUAUUAAAUUCUGAUUGCCAGUUCAAAAAUCUUUUGUUAAAAAAAUGUGCCAAAUGUUAAUAAUUUUGCUGUGAUUUUUAUCAUGUUAAUCUUUGUGUUUUCAAAUUUGGUUUUAAUUAUUUUCUUUUGUUCUGUUCUUUUCCUGUUGGGACCCCUGCAGAGGUUGUUGUUACACAAAGGCUACCCGCAUCAGAAUGGCAUAAGAGAGGCAGGAGCACCAACUGAAGGGAAGAACCCAAGUCCAGCUUCUGCUACAAGUAACUCUCGAUUCACUAUUGCAUCACCUGAGUACAAUCAUUUAGAACAACGUAAUAGGAAUCAGGAUCAGGGACUUGAGCCUGUACCUCACCCUCUCUUGGACACACUACCAGUUACUGUGCCAUUGCCAUGGGUUAAUGGUAUUUCAGAAACAGUUCCUCUUUCAUCAUCAUCAUCAGCACCAUUCACACAGCCAAGUGUAAAAUUUCCUCCGAAAUUUCGAGGUAUUUUUGAAAGAAUGGAGGUAGACAGCAGCGAUGGCACAGAGAGAGAAAUGAAUCCAGUUGCUUCAACAUCCAGAGUGGAAGGAAAUGGCCUUCACUUUUUGUAUAAUGGGCUUGAAGAGGAUAACAGAAUUGACAGUUCAGCUUCAACUUCUACUGUUGUUGUUGUAAAUAGUAGCAGUGUGUACAAAGGUGUAAAUAAUUUAAUAGAUGAAGGCAGUGAAGCUGGGUGUGUUACAGCUAAAACAAUUAUGGAUGUGGAUAGUCCAGCCACUGUUCGUAUUGAUCUCAAUGCUCAUGAGAUGCCCACCUCUUUAACUGAAAGUACAGCAGUGGUUAACCUUAAUGAUAGGUUUUUCUGUAGAAAUAGUCAGGACAUGUUGCUGUUUAGUAAUGCUGGUGAGUGUCAGGUCAACAGUUCAGAGGAUGUUGUUGAAACUUCGCCUUUGGUCAGGGCAGGCCACACUAGUGAAAUCUGUGAUAAUAUUUGCACGGACUCUGUGAGUGCACAAUUAAGUGGUUUGAGAGAGCGAGACUCGCAAAGGACUUUCAAUGAAAACCAUUUAGAGGAAGAGGCUGAAGCAGUGGAUAGUUCUCAGCAUGUAAAUAGAAAUAGUUUGGAUGGAGAACAGAAACCUCCUAAUUCUUCUCUGGCUCAAGAUUUGCCACUCAUGUCUACUUGCAUGAGACUAGACGCUGAGUGUAUUAGUUCAAGUGGGCAGACAGUCUCUGCAUUGACUGAUUCAGCUUUAGAUGAAAGUAACCCUGUGUGUGAUUCAUUAAAUGAAUCUGAACAAGGCAUUGUUGAGUCAGGGGAUGUUAGCAGGCAGUGUGAUUCUAAUAGUGUUCAUAUGGAAGACAAUGGUGUUCAAGAGGAUGAUAGUACAGAUAAUGAAGAAAUCAGAACUUGUGACUCAAUGGGAGUCAACUCUGCCUUCAGUCAUCUCUCCAACAGUUCAGCUUAUGAUGGGCAUGAAGCAGAGGAAGAACUAGGAGACACUGCUGUAUCUGAGUCCCAUUGCUUAGAUCAUCAAUCUUUUUUUGCAAAUAUUGUAGAUAAUAAUGUAGACUCAACCAGUUCUGAAGUACAAAGAGGUGGCCAAAAAGCUGCUUUUCAAUCCUCUACCACAGUAGAGGCAGAAGCAGGGGAGGCAGCUGCAACAGAUGGUGGCUGUUGUGACAGCAACUAUGAACGUUUACCUGGUGAAAAUUCUAUCACUUUAGAUGAAUCUUCAACGGAAGGGCAGGGUGUUUCUUCAUCCAAUGGUAUAGAUUCACAGACAGGUAACACUUCAUCAUGGGAACUUUACAGGAGAAGAAAAGACCUACAUAUGGAAGCAUUCCCUGACAAUGCAGUGUCAACAGAAACUCAUGAUUACAUUUCUGGAAUAUCACAGAGUACAUCCAGUGCCCAUGAAGGCACUGACUUGCCAGCUGCCCAGGAACAGAUGGAUGUGAGCUUAGAAGCCAGACCUUCAUCAUCAGUUUAUACAGGGCUUAAUACACCUCCUACAUCAAACACUUUAACUGCCAGCAAUCAAGCUCUCAUUGGCUCUCAGGCUCCACGUUCUUUCACAAUGUCACCGCCAUCUUCAUCGCACCUCUCAUCUUCUUCUUCAUCAUCUUCAUUGAGUGUUGAAGGUGCAUUAAGUUCCACUUCUCCCAACGCAUCUACAAUUGCCCAACAAGCGAAUCUGGCUCCUAGCUCCAAUAGCACCUCCAUAAAUGGUUCAUCUCCCAUUUCCUCUACGGCAGAGGCAACACCAGCUGCUAAAAAGAAGGUAAAGUUUCAUGCUAAUUUGGCCCCUUGAAACAAAGAAAUAUAAUUUUAUUUUUCUUGUUAUUUCUAACUUGCAAAAAAAGAAAUUUUCUAUUAAAAUCAGUUUUAUAGUUUACACAUAUUCUUAAAAUUGAAAAGACAAUAAAGAAGACAAUUUCUUUAUUAAUUUAACAAGAAAAGUUGUCUUUAAUACUCCAUUAGUUAAACAUUUGUGUGGGACAGGAAAGGGCUUUGUAUGUCCAUCCUUUUAAAUAUCAGUCUGUCAUCAUUACCCAAUUUAAUUUUAAAAAAUUAUUCAAAAGUACAAGUUUAAGCAGCUUAAGUUUCAGUGAAGAAAAUAAUUGUAUAAUAUUUUAUUAAUUUCUUUAUAAAUAGAUUGACAGACAAGAUGAAAAUUAGACCUAGAUAAACAAAUAAAACACCUAUAUUCUACAUAAUAUACCAACAACUAUGUUUAAACCUUAAAAUGAAUCUCAUGGAGAUAUAAUUUUAGUUUUUCCAAGUGUUCUUUUAUUUGUCAUUGAAACUUCCUGAUUUAUCUUACUGGAUUGUUUGUCUGACAAAUUAUUUUAGAUGUAAAACAUUUUUGUGUUCUAAUGUUGUUUAUUGUAGAGAUAAGUAGUGUGAUUUGUAUAACUGGGAUGGCUUUUACUGGUAUGGGGUUAAUGUGGUGAAUAUAAAAUUACUUUUCGAAACUGCUAUUUUGGUCCUGAAAUUGUUAUGCCACAGAGUAAGAUCUUUUCAUCUUUAUGCUGACGGCAACUUAUUUUCAUUGCAAGCAGAAACGAGCAGGACAGACAAGGAAUCACUGGUGGUAUGUUUCUAGAUUAAUGGCACUAUCAACUGUGGCGCCCAAACAUUAGUCGUAAGGAAAACCAAAUUUUAAGAAAGCUAGGAUGUAUGGUAAUUGGGAAACACUUAUGUCAAAGUAAAUAUUUUAAAAAAAAGUUAUUUAACCAACCCCCAACAUUUCUUCCACCACAGGUCAGUCUUCUAGAGUAUCGUAAACGUUUAAAGGAAAAACCAGCCUCUUCUUGUACAGAAACAAAGUCCUCAGAAAGUACAGGUUUAUCUCCUUCUUCAACAUUAACACAUCACCAUAAGCUUUCUUCGACGUUGACACAGUUUUUAGCAUCCUCAUCACCUCCAGCAUCAUCAACAUCACCUUCCAAAUCGUCAUCAAGUCAGUCCCAAAAGAAACAACGUAUGCCUACACUUGCAACUCUUCCACUUUUUCAGUCAGCUGAUCUCAAGAAAGGUAAUUAUAUAUGUUUUAAAUUUAGUCAUUUAAUUUCCCUUAUUUUGUGAUAUUUAAUCUGAUUUCCGAUUAUGUCAGUGAAAUUGUGUUUAGAUCUCUUGAAAGCCUAAACAAUGAUUUAUACAUUUAAUUCCAUUUUUUAUAUAUUAUUUAGAUGAAAAGAAAAAAGCCAAACCAAAACCUGAAAAACAAUUAAGUCUCACAGAGCGUCUGCGUUUAGAGUUUGGCCUUGAAGACUGUGGAGAUGAGCAAAAUAAAAAACGAAAAGGUAACCUACUACAGUGGUCCUCAACCCUGUUGAUAGGUGCUUGAACACCCAUCAGCCUCUCAAUAUGUCCACCAUGUAUAUUUGUUUAGCACCUGAUGUGAUAUGGAUACUUGUUCAAAUUUUUUUGUGAAGAAUGCUCAUGUUUUUCAUUUCUUUUGAGCUAAUAGUGUUUAAUAUUUAAUUUGUCACAUGAUCUAAAAAAAAUGUUAACUUAUUUUUUGCUGGAGUGAGGUUUUGCACUUGACCAAGAAAUCCAUAUAUCUUUUACCAUUUCCAAAGUGUGUUCUUUUAAUCACAAUUUCAAAAGUAAUGUUUCCGAUAUUACUUUUCAAGAGUUUUUCUUUAUUUUACCAUUUAAUCUUGAUGAUUCUGCUGUUAUAAAAAUGUUUUUUAAAUGGCUUGUGCUUUCAGCUGAGGAAGCAGAGGUUGCUUCUUCAAUUGAAACAGUUGAUGACUCUGUGCCUCCCCCUCCACCUCCUCCACCUCCAACAUUGUCAUCAGCUUAUCCCCAGACGUCCUCGGCUGCAUUUCUUGUGGCAUCUUCAACACAUCCUAGAGCUGGAUUUCACAGUAUAUAGAAUUUUAUUUAUUUUGAAAUUUAAUAAAUUUUUAAAAUGAUAUUACACUUUAGAAGUCUUAAAUAAGGUCCAGUGAUACUGUAACUGAAAUGAAGAAAUAUAGUGACUUUAUUACUUGUCCAGUUUGAGUGAAGCAUGAUAUAGAUUUUUGUCGACUUCGUCUCAUUUCUUUUUUUUUUUUGUUGAAAAAAUCCAUUAUAAGUUAUAAGCAUCCUAUUUUAAAUAUGAAUUAACAUCUUAUAUACAUAUGAUGCCUUUAUUUUCCAGCAGUUCAACCAACCACAUUGGUAAAUGGAGUCUCAGGUACAAACUACAACUACCAUCAACAGUCCAACAUUUCGUCAACAUCAUUAUCCACCCCCCCUCCAGGGACAUCACAACAAACAUUGAGAGACAGAGAUGCAUUAAGCUAUCCAGCCCCAAGUUUGCUGACGGGAUCCCUUUCAAGCCACACAGUCCCAUACCUGCAGCAGCCAUCAUUGUCAUCUUCUCACUUAAAUGUUCAACAUCCGCUCACAUGGACUGCAAGUCAAGGGUCCAUUGCAGCACCCCAGCCACAAACAUCAACGAAUCACCAUUCACCAUAUGAAUUCAAUCACCACAGACAGCUUGCACAGUCGCAGACAGUUGUCAGUGGAAGUACUGUUUCAGAAGAUCCUCCACCUCCGCCACCUCCCAGACCUCAUCACCGUCCAUCAUCUACUUCAUCAUCACAAAGACAUGGUCAUAUUCAAAGCUCGAGUGGAAAGAGCAGCAAGGCAGCAGCAUCAUCUUCAUCAUCUCAUUACCCAGACAAUAGGAGCAAAUAUUAAAUUGCUGAAAGCAGUGUUUUCCAAACUCAAUGAAACUAUACCCUUUAUUAAUAAUAAUUUUAUUGAUGGCCAUUUCUUCUUCUCCUCCCCCUUUCCCAAGUUAUUGUGUCCCCCAAUUUAGUUUGGAACCACUGGCUUAAAUGGUUGUAAAUUUUGUAUAUUUGAAUUUUUUAAAAUAAAUAUAGAAAUAGCCUUAAAGCAGUUCUUUUCAUCCAAAGCCUUUGAUUUUCUUCAUUAUUAGAAAUGAAACAAUUAACUUUGACAUUUCUAUUUGUUUUAAAUAUAUCCAGUGACACAACAGUUACUUCAAAGCUGCUUACUCAGUACUGACAUAGGAAGUGCAAUGCAUUUAGAUUUGUGUAUUUUGACUUUUGUUUUUCAAGCCAUUAAAGUACAGUUUUACUUUUCAAUAUGAAUGGGACACAAGUUCUGGGCAUCAAUGAAUUUAUUUACCACACUGCUACAACUACUACUUGUGCCAAUUUCAUUUGUUAGUAGCUCUUUUCGGUAUGCAUUUCCAGUCUUAAGUUCAUUUUGUUUUCUUCCUCUUUAUGUUAGUAGGUUUAAAAAAACCAAAAAUAACUCACUAUUUUCUUUGGUAUCCUACAUGUUUUGUAUUAAAUAUGUUUGAGUAUAUUGUACUUAUGUAGUGAUUUCUUUUUUUUUUUUAAUGUUGCACUUAAAAGCAGUGAUUUGUACAUGAAAACAAGCUUUUGCUACCUAUAUGUUAAUUUCCCAUUUACUUUAUUAUUUUUCUGAAAACAUGUUAAUUGCUUAUUCUCUGUUUUAUUCUCAAGAAUACUGCCAGCUGCUAUUUUUUUUAGAGACUGCCAUUCUUGUCUUUGGCACCUUUAACUUGUAUCAACUUUCAGUUUGUAUCUGGUUGAGGUCUUCUUUCAUUUAAUAUGUAUACAAAAUUAAAAGAAAAGUGUUGAGAGCCUUAUUGAUCUAUAUUGAUUUUACUUUUUUUUUUUUUGAACUGAACAAUUUGAACCCCUUAGCAGUUUUUAUUCCAAUUUAGGUCAAGUUCAUAUUUUUUUAAAAUCAAGAAUAUCUUGUUAAGUUGUUAUGACUGUGAUCUUUAUGGAGCAUAGACAAUGUUUGCUUGUAUCUAUUAUAUUUUUAAAGAUAAUAUAGAGAAGUUAAAUUUACAUAAUACUAACCAGCACAUGAAUAAAAUUGUGGAAAAGAUCAACAAAAACUGUUUGUAUGAAACAAAAAAAACUUUGUACAAAUGUAUUUGAAUGUAAUUAAAAUACAUUGACAGGAAGCAGUCACCUGUUUUCAUGCACUGUAUUAAAUUUAACUGUACAGGAAGGCCUGUGAGUGAAAUAUACUUCAAACUUCAAGCAUUGUGUAAUGCACAUAUGUGACUUGCUAGGUAUCAUAUCAUUUAAUUACAAUUAAAGAGAAAUUUUAUAUAAACUAGAAGGUUCAUACAAACAAUUUUCAUUUGUUAGUCUCAAUAAUUUAACAUAAAAUUGACAUAAGAGGGGUUCAUUAUCUUAACUGGAGAAGAAAACUCAUCUUUGAAAUUAUCUCUCUUCACUUUAGUUUGCCUUGUGUGAUUACUUGGCCAUCCUUGAGUUAGAUACUGAUACAGAAACAAAAUUGCACUGACCCACAAUGAGAAUAAUCAAUAAACAAUUCAUUUCAACCAACUAUUUUACAGCUGUUUUACCAUAAAACAUGUUAAUUGCCUUCAUGCUUUUAAAAAAAAAUGAAUCAUCAGAUGCUUUUGUUGGUAUUACUGUAUUUGCAUUCAUUAACUUAAGUGUGUAAGGACAAAUUGCGUGUGUAGCAAAAAAUGGACCAACACAAUGUUGAAUAUUUUAAGUAAAGGGUUGCAUUUGAAGUUAUAUAGAUUGGAGGAUCUCACAGAUGUUCUGAAUCUUCCUCUCAUGAUGAUAUUUUAUGUUUCUUUUUUAUGUGGAUUCCCAAACAUUUGAAUUGUCUAUCAUAACAAUGACUUCUAAUGUAAUACUAAUAAGCAGGAGUUUAUUUCGCCAUCUGUCAAAUACAGCUUCAGUCAUAAUUUUCUUUUUUAGUUGUUUUUUUUUUGGAUUAGAAUCAGAUCACAAACUAGCAAGAGACUAACCAUCAACAGUUGACUUGACACAAUAAUCAAGAUAGCAUUUUCAAUAAUAGAGAAAUGUGUGAUAACUGACAGCAGUGUAUUCAGAGAUAGAAGUACUGGGGUGAUGGUCACAGUUUACAACUAUCUUUAGAAGCGGGAUUAAAUUUUAUUUAAAAAGCUACUAUUCUGCUCUAAUGGAAAUUAGUAUUAAAAUAAAACUUAACUUUGUUAAAUAGAGAUAACUAAUGAUAGCUGUGAUAGAUGUUUAAUUGGUUCACUCGACUACUGAUAAAGUGCAAUACUCUUUGGGUAGAGAUUAAAUCUCUUAGGACCCUGGCCAUGAAACACGGCCUAGCAGUCCCUAAGGACUCCAGCCAUGGAACACGGUCACGAGUAGGGGGGCAGGUAGCUUCCACUCAUUGAGGAGGAGACUUUGAAUUGCCUCCCCCCUUGCCCAUUGAGUCAUUCGGACGGGACGUUGGGUUGAACGGCUUUGCUUGCUCUCCGGAGAUGGUGUUGCAUUACCUCUCCCCACCGCACAGGGAGUUGUACAGUCUAGUGCGAAUCGGCUUUUCUUCCUCUCCAUGGGUGGUCUUGAGUGUAACCUCCUCCCACCAUCUAGGGAGUUGUUCGGUCUAUGGGUCGGAACAGCUUUGCUUCCUCUCCGGGGAGGUGUUGCGUUACCUCUCCCCACCAUCCAGGGAGCAGUUCGGUCGGGACUAAAUCGGGACGAAACGGUCACCUAGAUGCGACUUUCUCAAGGCCGCAUGUUUUUAAUCCCCGGCAAGGGUUUGCUUCAAACCAUGACUCAUAUCCAUUAUCGGCGACACAUAAUCAUGUUAGCGCGCAACUUCCGUUGCGCUGGAAGUCAUGCGUUUGGCCGGGAUUUUUUAGCUUCAGGAGGAAACCUCCCUACUGGUCCGUCGCGCCGUGAAGAGGCAAAAUCCCAUGUAACACCACAGAGAGCCUAGUGGUGCUGAGCUUCGACCUCACAGUGUUCGGUCUCCGCCCGACGGUCACUCAACUGCUAAGAUUGUUGGUUCUGUUGGCUUGGCACAUGAAACUAGGGAGUACAAGUACAAUAAAAUAAGAGUUUAUGAACUUGACAAUGAAAUGGUUCAUCUUAAAUUGCAUAAAGCUUUAGCAAACAAGUUUUUUAAAGUUCUAUCAACAUAGUAUGGCUAAGCAAUAAAAACUUGGGGAAAAAAGCACCUCUAGGAAUCCAAAGUAUUUUUCUGUAAUCUAUAAAAAUCGUCAAUAUUUUCAUUUGUUUUGAAUUUAUUUUUUAGUGCCACAAAGUUGACCAACUAUAUAUUUCUUUCAAAGGGUUUCCUUUUUAAAUGGUAUGUACAGAUAUUCUGUUUCAAAUGCUAAAAAUAUCUCAUCUACUUUAUUAUAUAUCAAACACCCAACAGUCUUAAGAUGUUUGCUUUCUGUAAAUAUUUAAUUGUAUGAGUACUGAUAUGAUGUUUUGUAAUAUUUGUUUUUUUUUUAAAUGAUAGUCUUGUACUUGUAUAAAAUAAAGGGUCCUUUGACAGUGUCAUGUCCCAUUAUUUAACAAUUUAAAAUAUGUUGAAGUAGGCAAACAUUAAAAAAAAAAAAAAUGAAAGUUUAUGAGUAGACAAACACGUGAUACUUUCCCAUCCAGUUGUAGCAUUUGUAAUGCCCUACGUAUACCCAGUAUUUAUAAUGUAGACAGUAAAAUACACUGAACUGUCUUAUUUACUAUAUUACACUAUAUUAGUUAUGGCAUAUAACACUACACCAUCUCCUCAAGGUUCUUAUUGUGGCAACUGGAGAUUAUUGUUUCUUGUUAGUUUUCAAGAGUUACUGGAAAAGGACCUGACUGUAUUCUUUUGUAAAUAUACUUUCGCUCAAGUACUAGCAGCAAUGUUGUUCACUACAUACAGACAUAAAUGAUCAAUAUUUAAAAAUAAAACAGGAAGCUAGAAUUACAAGAGUUGCAAUUGUCAAUAAAGAGGCUCUCUUAGUCCCAUUGAUUUUAGAAAGGGAAGGGUGGGCAAUGUUGUGUAAAUAUUACAUAUGCUUGUAACGAGUCACACUGAAUAAGUACAAUUCUAAUAUCUGGACUCGUCACCAGGUAGAGACUCAACUUGGAUCAAAAGAAUUAUGCUUAUUUUGUCAUGUGAGCUAGUGUGUUACUGUCCGAAAUUAAGGAAUUGCUUACAUGCUCUAGUGUUCAACAAAU